UGUAGGAGUAGAGCUACCAAUAAAGAACUGGAUAAUCAAGAUGCUGGAUUUAAUGUGCUAAUGACAUCAACAAAACAACUAAGUCCUGAUGUUUCUUCUACACAGAUUGAAAGUAAUGAAGCAGUCCAUCCUCCUAAAGGCCCUAAAGGUACAGAUGAUACUGAUGCUAGAGGCUAUAUGCCUCCAGAGAAAACAGAUCCUCCUUUUGAAAGAAUUCCACAUUGUGAUGACUGUGGUGUAAUAUUUGCUUCUAUGGCUGGGAAAUAUGCCUACAGUAAGAAAGAUAGUGAAGAUGAAGGAGGGUGGAUGAUAAGAGCAUUGCAUUCUACCUUAGAUGAAUACCAAAAAAAAGAUGAUGUACACGAUGUACAUAUAAUUGACAUACUUAUAGGAAUUAAUAGGAAAGUUAGUGAAAAGGAGGUAUUUUUUGAGAUUCCUAACUCUGACAGUGAGGAUCGUGCCAAGGGUAAAUGCAUGUCACAUUUAAGUAUGUUAAAAGAUGAGCUAAUUAGGGAACUUCAGAAGGAAAAUUUAAAUGAAGAUUUAAAGAAUGAACUCAUUGCAUUAAACAAAAAAGUUGUAGAAUUACAAGGAAGGGUGAUGCAGGGGAUAAAAGUAGGAAGGGAACAAAUACUAAAUGACAUUUAUAAAGUCAAAUAUGCAUUAGAAGAGAAAAUUAAUGGACUAGUAGAUACUAAAGCACAGUCAUGUUUUUUCCACAAUUUUGCUUUUGAAGAUGAGUACAUGACUCUUUGUAAGUCAAAGACAAAAUCAGAUGUUAAAUGAAUCAUAGGGAAUUCAAUCUUAUGUUGAAUAUAGUUUUCUUAUUUUGUAUCAACCUUUUGUGAAUGGUUCAUGAAAGGGACUUCACCCUAAGAAAUUUCUUUAAAGAGACAGUACUUAAGCAGACAAAAGGAAGCAUUACCAAAUAGAAAGUCACAGAAAGACAAAGAAAGAAAAACAAGACCAUGAAAAGAUCGAAGACAAGAUCCCAGUAGAUUUUUAAGGAUUUUAUCAAUGCCAUUACAGAGUCACUGAAAUUAAUUUAUAAAAAAAGACAUUUAGGGUAGCUCAACUUUGCUUUAGGAAAUCCUUUGAACAUAUUAUGAUAAUCUUAGGUAUUGUGAAAAUGAGCUUUACAAUUAUUUUUAUGAUUUUCAUUUUGCUUUCU